CAGAUACCCCUUUCAGAUCUCUCCACCUGACCCACACCAAAACCUCUCAAAUCUCAACAAUGGCGUCUUCCUCUCUCUUCCAAUCCCCCUCCUUCUCUCUCAAACCCCAGAAACCCAUUUCCCCACCCUCCACCAAACCCCGUUUCACCACCAUCAAAUGCUCCUCCUCCUCCGCCGCCAAAUGCCGCGACAACAUCCGCGACGACGCCCACCGCCACAACACCACCCACACCCACCACUUCUCCGCCAAGUACGUCCCCUUCAACUCCUCCGCCAACGACGACACGUCGUCCGAGUCCUACUCCCUCGACGAGGUCGUCUACCGCUCCCAGUCCGGCGGCCUCCUCGACGUCCAGCACGACAUGGCCGCCCUCAAGAACUACGACGGCAAGUACUGGCGCGACCUCUUCGACUCCCGCGUCGGCAAAACCACCUGGCCCUACGGCUCCGGCGUCUGGUCCAAAAAGGAGUGGGUCCUCCCUGAGAUCGACAGCGACGACAUCAUCUCCGCCUUCGAGGGCAACUCCAACCUCUUCUGGGCCGAGCGCUACGGCAAAAAAGUCCUCGGCAUGAACGAGCUCUGGGUCAAGCACUGCGGCAUCAGCCACACCGGCUCCUUCAAGGACCUAGGCAUGACCGUCCUCGUCAGCCAGGUCAACCGCCUCCGCAAAAUGAACCGCCCCGUCGUCGGCGUCGGAUGCGCCUCCACCGGCGACACCUCCGCCGCCCUGUCCGCCUACUGCGCCUCCGCCGGGAUCCCCUCCAUUGUGUUUCUGCCGGCGAAUAAGAUCUCGAUGGCCCAGCUGGUCCAGCCCAUCGCAAACGGGGCCUUUGUGCUGAGCAUCGACACCGAUUUCGAUGGCUGUAUGAAUCUGAUUCGAGAAGUGACUGCAGAAUUGCCGAUUUAUUUAGCUAAUUCUCUCAACAGUUUGAGACUGGAGGGCCAGAAAACAGCAGCUAUUGAGAUUCUGCAGCAGUUUGAUUGGCAGGUCCCGGAUUGGGUUAUAGUUCCGGGAGGCAAUCUCGGAAAUAUAUAUGCAUUCUACAAAGGGUUUCAUAUGUGUAAGGAGUUGGGGCUGGUUGAUAAGAUUCCUAGACUUGUGUGUGCUCAAGCUGCAAAUGCAAACCCUUUGUACUUGCAUUACAAGUCGGGGUGGGAUGAGGAGUUCAAGCCUGUGAAGGCAAACACUACGUUUGCGUCUGCAAUUCAGAUUGGGGAUCCUGUUUCCAUUGACAGGGCCGUGUAUGCGCUGAAGAAGUCGGAUGGGAUUGUGGAGGAGGCGACCGAGGAGGAGUUGAUGGAUGCCAUGGCGCAGGCGGAUUCUACUGGCAUGUUUAUAUGUCCUCACACUGGUGUGGCGCUGGCGGCGUUGAUCAAGCUCCGGAAUAAGGGGGUUAUAGGCCCCACGGAGAGGACUGUGGUGGUGAGCACGGCUCAUGGGUUGAAGUUUACGCAGGCGAAGAUUGAUUAUCACUCUAAGGAGAUUCCGGAUUUGGCUUGCCGGUUUGCUAACCCACCGGUUCAAGUGAGGGCAGAUUUUGGGUCGGUUAUGGAUGUUUUGAAGAAGUAUUUGAGUAAGUCGGAGGCUCCAAAGCAUUAGUUUUGUAGGGGGCAGUGUCCUAGUGUGUUAUUUGUUAUUUUGCUUAGAGCGUUUAGGCAUUGGUAUCGUUCUCUAUGUGCUUUUUGCUUUGGUGAUUCAAUGUAGGAUGAGGAACUGUUUUAGCUUGUAGUGCUCAGAAUAUGGUGGAGAAGGGAGAGUCAUUUAUAAGGCAGCAUCGCCAAAUUUUGUGUAUGAGUUCAUUAUCAUAUGAAUUUCACCACAUUUUUCCUUAUAACAAGUUUUCUUUAGCUUCCAAGUC